GUGGCCGUCGCCAACGGAUCUGGCGAGGACGGUGUGGAAAACCGCUGGAAGAACGGCUUGAGGGCAACGGGAGCGACGGCGGAAUCAGUUUCGCGAUGAUCGCUUCUUGACAGUGAAAGCAAGCCGGUGCCUCGCACCCUUUCCACAAGGUCACUGCCAUCGGUCGUAAACUGUGACGAUCGUUGCCGGCGAGCCAUGGAUGGGUGCCCCCCGCUGCUGCUCUCGCACUUGUUGGUCAAUGACCGACCAUUCCAAGUCACCUUAACCAAGUCCGUGUUCUCCUGGCAGCCGCUGCGGCCGAGGAAGCCUUCGUCAGCGGGAGGAGAAAAAUGUUCUGUGCCUGUACCUGAGAUCAUCGCUGUUCGUGAAACUGAAGUAGAUGUGAUAAAUAAAGAAUGCAGACGAUGGCAAAAAAUGCCUUCUGUUUCCAAUGAGAAAAUGUUCCAUGCUUUCACAGUAUAUCAUGUGAAGAGAUCAAAAGAGCACCACUGGUUGUAUAGUGAGGUAACCUUUAGCAGCAGUGAUCGCCAACUCUGUAGUCAAUGGAUACAAGUUGUUGAGGAACAGUUGGAUUUACAAGCUAUGAGACCAAAGAACUUAAUUGUAUUUAUUAAUCCUUUUGGAGGGAAGCGACUUGGAAAGCAAAUCUAUGAUGAGAAGGUGUCUCCUCUGUUUCAAUUGGCUUCCAUUACUGCAGAUGUGAUUGUUACUGAAUGUGCUAACCAUGCCAGAGACUAUCUGUUGGAAGCUGAUCUAGAGAAAUAUGAUGGGAUUGUUUCUGUCGGUGGAGAUGGUAUGUUCAGUGAGGUAAUGCAUGGUGUGAUUGGUCGGACACAGAAGAAUGCAUGCAUUAAUCAAAAUCAUCCCAAUGCUGAACUAGUUCCAUGCGAUUUGAGGAUUGGAAUUAUCCCAGCAGGUUCUACAGACUGCAUCUGCUAUGCAACAGUUGGAACAAAUGAUCCAGUAACUUCUGCCUUACACAUCAUUGUAGGUGAUUCACAACCCAUUGAUGUCAGUUCAGUACAUCAUAAAAAUAUGUUUUUGAAAUACUCAGUAUCUCUAUUAGGAUAUGGAUUUUAUGGUGAUACAGUAUCAGACAGUGAAAAGAAUCGUUGGAUGGGUCCAUCAAGAUACGAUUUUUCUGGUUUUAAGGCUUUUCUAACUCACCAGUGCUAUGAAGGAGUAAUUUCUUAUUUACCAGCAACUGAAACGCUUGGUAGUCCAAGAGAUCAGAGACCAUGUGCAGCUGGAUGUCGUAUCUGUCAGCACAGUGGAGAGCAACUGAAGGCAUCAAAAAAAGAAAGGGAAUUCAAAUUUCUUAAUAGUGAUGAUCACCAGCAAUGGAAAGUGAUUAAAGGAAAGUUCCUAGCUAUAAAUUCAGCAAAUAUAAGUUGUGCAUGUCCAAAAUCUCCAAAGGGUCUUUCGCCUGCUGCACACUUAGCUGAUGGGACCAUGGACCUCAUUGUAGUUCGCAAAUGUUCAAGGCUCAGUUUCCUCAGGUAUCUCAUUAGGCACACAACCAGCAAUGAUCAGUUUGACCUUGCUUUUGUCGAGGUAUACAGAGUGAAGAGAUUCAAAUUUACUCCAAAAUACUGUGAUGAGGAGGACAGUGAUAUCCAGGAAGUUAGCAAAAAUCUCUUUGGACAUUUCUGUAGAGAUCAUCCCACCUGUAGCUGUGUGCAGCUUACUAGCUGUUGGGAUUGUGAUGGAGAGAUAAUUGAGCAUGCAGCCAUUGAAGUGAGAGUUCACUGCCAGCUGUUAAGACUUUUUGCAAGAGGAAUAGAAAUGCUUUCUUCCGAAAAAGGCAACGGCAAUUCUGUUGUUUAAGCAGAUUCCAAAAUGAUCUCAGGAUUCCACAAACUCAUUUCAAAGAUUGAAGUCUGACAUCGAAUUUGUGAACUUGCUUUUAUAACUUAAGAUUCUAAGUUUGUUUACAUUAUUAAUAAAUUCAUGAAUAUUUAUUUAUUGCAGUGUAAGCAUAAAAAGCAACAAACAACAAAUUUCAUGUAUCUCAAAAUGUAAAUUCUGCUUUUAUGGAUUAGAUUUCAAAUGAAGUAUCUGUUUAAUACAUGGCAUUUGAGAUUUAAGAAUUAGAGUCGUUGGUGUGUUGCAAGAAGCUGUCCUUGGGAAAUUGGCAGAAUAUUUUUUUUAAGUGUGCUUUUAAACUGUGGGUCAGAGUUUGGAAGGGAAUCAUUUAUAUGCAUCAGCCUUAUUUUAAAUUGAAGUAUGUGUCUGUCAUUAUUUACUGACAGCCACUUCAAACUAGGUGAUAGAUUUCACUUAUUUUUAAACAUGGAUUCCAAAAUUGCUUUUGUAAUUACAUUCUUAAUUUUAAGGUAAAAUCUAGAUAUUUUCCAAUUUCUUUUACUGCACCUUGCAACUUAUCAAUGCAACUUGAUUGCAACUUCUAAAUAAUAAUGAAGAAACUAUAGUUUGAAACAGUUUAUUUUAGUAAAUGUUAAUAGAGGAAAAUGUAUAAAUUAUGAAUUGUUGAAUAUUUGAGUUUGUAAAUAACAAAUAUAAAAAAUAUAUUUAUUGUAUAUGAUUAAGCUAGAUUUUGCUUAGCUUAGUAUGUGUUCACUAUGUGAAUAGAAUGUAGUCAGUCCUGUUAAUGCACUAAUAGAGAAUACGAUCUAACAACAGAAAGUGGCAUUCACUCAUUGUAUUACGUACAUUCCUCUUUCAUACUUUACAAGAAUUGCGUGUUGCUUAGAAUAAAUUACUGAUGCUGUUACUUACUGAUCCUUAUUCCAUUGAACAAGUUUUGUUUCUUUGAUCAGUCAUUUCAAAAGUAUUUGCUUAAUUCUUAACAUGUGUUGUGAAUAUUUAUUUGCUUGUAUUUUCUUUACAUAGCUAAUGUAAAUAGCCAGCAAGGAUAUACUUCACAAUGUCCUUGAAAGGUGUGAUUUUUUAAAAAUUCUUUGUCCCCAUUACGUUUUCUGUUUUAUUAGUGUUUUGAAACUUUUCCUAUUCAGGGAAGCUUUCUGUUAAGAAGUUCAUUCAGCAGGCUAUUUCUUGUUGACCUGCUUUAAAUCCAGACCAAAUAAAUUUGCUGAUAGUCUCUUGUUUUAAAAAAUGCAAACAAAAAAGUGUUUGUUAGGAUAGAAUAUGGAAAUAAAA